CGCGAGCUCCGCUUCCAACACCCAUUUAGUGAAGAAGCUGAAAUAUGGUCCACUCACACUGCUGCCGGGUCUGAAGUGCGGUUGCACGCAACAUUCCUCCCAAAGUAUCUAUCAAGAGAAUGGUCAGCAGAAGUUAGAUCUAGCUUUCAGAGGAAUCAACCAAGACAGGGAAGACAGAGAAAAUGCAUUCUGGACCCGCUACUAUUUUCAAUCUUCAUUUCAAACAAAACCCAUAGUUUGUUUAAAAAAAAAUCACGGAAAGAGAAAAGGCGGCCCUGAGAUCUUUGAAAAGAUGUCCGUUACUAGAUGCAAAAAGAAGAGUCACUGUGGAGGUGAGGGCCUGCCUCUGCUUCUGAGAGGCAGGAGAGCUACUUGGGAAGAUUGUAGCUCCCCAAGAUAAGAGAUAGAAUUUUUUUCUUAAAGAUCAUCUGGCUAGAGAAUUGAUUUGUAGUAUUGCUAUCUCUACCCUUAUAGUUUCCUUGGUUAAACAUCUGAAAUGAUUUUUUUUGUUUUACUUUCAAGCCAAUGUUUUUCAGAAAAAAACAUAAAGCUUGGAGGAAGAACACAUUGUUAGUUAGAUUUAAGACCAAUUGCUUUUAAAUCACCAAUUUAAAAUACCAUUUUUUUUUAUUUCUUAAGGCAGAUUUAAUUUUACCCCCUUUGUGUGAAUCUUAGAGACCUGGAGCUUUAACUACUAUCACUGAUCUCUCUGCACAAUUUCCAGCUUUAGGUGGGAGGGAGGAUCAGCCCAGCUUCAUAACAUAAUAAAUUAGAUAAGGGUUGGCUUCUGUAUGCCUUCUUUGGAGACAAAGUGGUUCCAGAAACUGCAAGCCAGGAGCUAGCAAAAGCUCCAUGCCUUUUGGAACCUCCAGUAAGCCAGACUUGGUCUCUGAAAUAACACACAAGAAAGCCUGGGCAUGACAACUCAUGGUCCACAAGUAAGCAAUACUUUUCAAUCAGCCAUUCACAGUAAAGAAAGUCUGUUUUCGAAACUGAUGUGUUGAGCUCUUUCCUCCUUCCUUCUGUUCUCUCUCUCUCUCUCUCUCUCUCUCUCUCUCUCUCUCUAUCUAUCUAUCUAUCUCUCUCUCCCCUUCAAGACAGGAUUACAAUGUAGUCCAGGCUGGCCUCUAAUUCUAUAUGUAACUGAGGAUGAUCAUGGACGUUUUUUCUGACCUCCCACUUCUCAAGUGCUGGAAUUACAGAAUCGCAGGCAUUAGGCAUCUCAUAGACUUUCUUUUCGGCGGAAUUCCGGUGAGCAUUGUAACUGAGCUAUAUCACCAGUCCUUUGAUUUUACUACCUUAAAACAAUGCAAGGAUGACUGUUGGAUCUCUUAGAAAACAACACAAACCUGCAAACAAAUUCAAAUGUAACACAGAGCUUUUGGAGCUUCUGGUCUGAAGGAGGGCUGCUAGAUGUGUGUGUAAGGCCCUCCCAGUGUCUGCCUUAGUGUGUGAAUGUCAGUUUCCUCUCCUAGAAGCUACAGUGCUGCCCUUGAAAAGGACUAUGUUAGGGACUAGAUGAGUUUGCUAAUAUUUGGACGGUGCUUAGUGGCUGCUGGGAUAAGCAUUGUAGGAAGUCAUGUUUUGAAGCCCGUGGAAAAAUACUUUCAGGUUUAAAAUAAAUUUAAGGGUGCUCAGCUUUUCAUUCCAGUCUUAAGAAAACGUUGUAAUCAGCUGUCAGGAUAACCGUCUUAAACGCUACUGCUUUUGCUGCUUAAAUGGACUGAUCCUUUUCCUCCGACAAACAUCACAGUGCGGUUGUCUUUGCACUUUAUUUUAUAUUUUAAUUUUGUGGCGUUUGGGAUGGAAUCACAGACUCUUGCAAGUCCUUAGAAAUGAAACCUGGUCUUGCCUCUUUUGCCGAAUACACAUGAGCAGCUUUUGUUUCAUGCUUUUUAUGUUUCAUAUCCCUCUGGGUUGACUUGAUCUCUUAUUGAGUAGUGAAAUAUUAGUGAUAUAGCAUUUUAUAUUAAACUUUGUUUUUAUUACAAACUUGACCAUUUUUAUUAUAAUGUAAGCAUGAUGAGUUCUUGGGAGAACGGGAAUUUUUUUCCCCUGAAAAACCAUAGGAAUUUAAUUGCCUUCGGUAAUAAUUUUUUUUUAAAGAAUGGAAUAAAUACCUAUACCUAGUAUGUUGAUGUGAACAACCUUGGACUAAUGCUUCAAUCUUCCAGUGAGCAGCACCUCCAGACAUCUGAAUUUCAGCAGCCCUAUUUCCCCGAGAGAACUUGGCGCCAGAGCCCGGCUCCAGCCAGUUUUUCCCUCUGGCAGGUGUAGCCCUAACACUCCGCCGGGGGAGGGGAAAGGGGCGGGUGUGGGACUUGGGACUCAGACCACCGGCUGGGCAGGGCCUAAGGACUAGGGUCCGGCCCGCCCCCGCCGCGCCAUUGGCCGCGUCCCUAAAGAAAAGGACCCGCGGGCCCGGGGGACACCCGCAGUGUCACAGGGUAGAUCUCCAGUGCAGAUCACGCGGGCGGGUUAGGACUAUCAGGAGGAGCUGCGGGAGGGUCGCACCCGCUCAGUUUUACGAGUUCCUCUGGACAUCCCCAGGCUAGCUUCCCAUCCCUGCCUCAGGGUCGGGGGAAGCGGCGUGUCCCGUGGCCAUAGCAGAGCGCGGGGUCGGUCUGGAGAGCCAUGAGCAGCCCGGAUGCGGGAUACGCCAGUGACGACCAGAGCCAGCCCCGGAGCGCGCAGCCCGCGGUGAUGGCCGGGUUGGGCCCCUGUCCCUGGGCCGAGUCCCUGAGCCCCCUCGGGGAUGUAAAGGUGAAAGGCGAGGUGGUGGCGAGUAGCGGAGCGCCAGCCGGGACCUCGGGCCGAGCCAAAACUGAAUCUCGCAUCCGGCGGCCGAUGAACGCCUUUAUGGUGUGGGCCAAAGACGAACGCAAGCGGCUGGCACAGCAGAACCCGGAUCUGCACAACGCAGAGCUGAGCAAGAUGCUAGGCAAAUCCUGGAAGGCGUUGACCUUGGCAGAGAAGCGGCCCUUCGUGGAAGAGGCCGAGCGGCUGCGCGUGCAGCACAUGCAGGACCACCCCAACUACAAGUAUCGGCCGCGGCGGCGCAAGCAGGUGAAGCGCAUGAAGCGGGUGGAGGGAGGCUUCCUACACGCUCUCGCCGAGCCUCAGGCCGGCGCGCUUGGUCCGGAGGGCGGCCGCGUGGCCAUGGAUGGCCUGGGUCUGCCUUUCCCGGAGCCGGGCUAUCCGGCCGGGCCGCCGCUGAUGUCUCCGCACAUGGGCGCCCACUACCGCGACUGCCAGGGACUGGGCGCGCCCGCGCUCGACGGCUACCCUCUGCCCACCCCGGACACAUCCCCGCUGGAUGGCGUGGAGCAGGACCCGGCUUUCUUUGCAGCCCCGCUGCCAGGGGACUGCUCGGCGGCCGGCGCCUACACUUACGCUCCUGUCUCGGACUACGCUGUUCCCUCAGAGCCGCCCGCUGGCCCCAUGCGAGUGGGGCCGGAUCCCUCGGGCCCUGCGAUGCCGGGGAUACUGGCGCCCCCCAGCGCUCUGCACCUGUAUUACGGCGCGAUGGGCUCGCCCGCCGCAAGCGCAGGGCGCGGUUUCCACGCUCAACCCCAGCAGCCGCUGCAACCGCAAGCACCGCCGCCGCCGCCGCCGCCACCGCAGCAGCAGCAGCACCCGCACGGCCCGGGGCAGCCUUCGCCCCCUCCCGAGGCUCUGCCCUGCCGGGAUGGCACGGAACCCAACCAGCCCACUGAGCUCCUAGGGGACGUGGAUCGCACGGAAUUCGAACAGUAUCUGCACUUUGUGUAUAAGCCCGAGAUGGGUCUUCCCUACCAGGGACACGACUGUGGAGUGAACCUCUCAGACAGCCACGGAGCCAUUUCCUCCGUGGUGUCCGACGCUAGCUCAGCGGUCUACUACUGCAACUACCCUGACAUUUGACGGUUGCCGACCAGACCCUAGGGCCAGAAGCAGUGUUACACACUUCCUGGAAGCGCUAAGGAAAUCCUUAGCGUCAAGCUGUUUUGUUUUUAAGUUGCCUUGGCAUAUAAUUUAUGGUAAUUUAUUUUGUCUGCCACUUGAACAGUUGAGGGGCUACAUGAGAUUUUUGUUUUAAAAACCUUGAGGGACUUGCUCCCCCACAAUCACUGUCCAGUUUUAGCCAGUUUUUAAUAUCUCACCAACUUCUUCCAUUUCUUGAAAGUGUAUUGUUGAUCUAAAGAAAUUUUGUCAUGCGUGUUUUCUCGAUCUUAAAUAAAUCCUGGAAUCUUUUAAAAAUCUCUAUCACAUUGAUUUUAUCAAAUUAAUUUAAAGAUCAACAGUAAAUAUUAUACAAUUAGAAGUUGUAUAGUUAAUUGUAAAAUUUCCAUUUUCUUAACAAUGGUAAGAAAAUACAUUUAAGAAACCCUAAAUACAAACAACGGGCUGUUCAAAUGUGAUAUAGUUGUUCUGCGAAAAAAAUUUCACAGAAUGAACUUGCUAUGUACAUUCCAAAUAUUGGUUUCUAAAAAUGAUAAUGUAAAUGUUUUUAAUUAUGUACGCUUUAAUAAGGCUGUUCAAAAAAUUUCGGUUUUUCAGUGAUCUUGAUACCUGCCAAAAGAGCUUUUCAGAUAUGACUGGUUUUUGUUUGUCUUUUCUUCCAAAAGUUUUGAUCCCCCUUUAAAAUUUGCCUUUAAUCCCCACAUUUUUAGAGUCAGAGAAACUAAUCAAAAUAAAAUUUGUGUUGUGACUGUCA